AUGGCGCCGCACCAUGUAUUCGGGCAAGUUCAAAAUCCAUUUCAGGACAUUUUUCUCAAUGCGACGCUUCAGCAGAUAAGUAAACGACUUCCCAGAACCAAAGAGGAACUCCUCGAUAUCAAUGGUCUUGGAAAAGCCAAGGUGAUCAAGCACGGGGAUCGUAUAUUGGAAACUAUAGAAUCGACCACCAACAGCCACUACGGAAUCGAUAAGAAUGAGGGUCCCGGUUCAGGGAAAAGGAGAAGAGACGAGAACAUUAAUCCGAAUGUAGUAGACGAUGAUGAUCCCGACUGGACUCCAAGUCAGUCCCACAAAAAGGCAGUGAAGAACAAAUUAGUAACCAUAACAAAAUGGUAA